AUGGGUGACGAUAACAUUUUCAACUUGAACGGAACAGUUUUCAUUCGAUUUGGAACAUCAAACGACAAGAUUUUUGUUGGCAUUUCUUGCAUCAAAAAAGUUCAUGUGCAAAUAUACAACCAACUUAUGGAGCUGUGGGAACGAAGAACCUCCUCCGGCCGCCACCUUUCCGGCCACCUCGAAUCAUACAACCCGAUGAGAUACAGAGCGGAUUCCGCAAUGUCAUGGAACCUCAUCAAGCAUUGA